AUGCGCUUCCAUGCAUUCCUAGGAUUGGCCGUGGUCUUAGUCCACAGUCCUCUCACGGCGGCCGAUGUCACCACAACCAUAAGCGCCCAGUCUAACCGGGGGACCUGGGACGGAUGGGGAACUUCACUGGCGUGGUGGGCCAAGAAGUUUGGCGAUCGUACAGAUCUGUCCGAUAUCCUCUUCACCGUGAAGAAAUCGCAGUUCCUCGGCCAGAGCCUACCCGGCUUGGGGUUCAACAUCGCCCGCUAUAAUGCUGGCGCCGGCAGCUCAAACAGCUACAAUGGCGAGAGCAUGGUGAAGUCGGCGAAUAUCUUACCCUCAAGACAGAUGGAUGGUUACUGGGUUAACUGGGCGAGUGAAAACCCGACGUCGUCGAGCUGGAACUGGACGGUUGACAGGCCCCAGCGCCAGGCGUUGCGCCAUGCAAUCGACAGAGGCGCAACUAGGAUAGAGCUGUUCUCCAACUCGCCCAUGUGGUGGAUGUGCAAGAACCACAAUCCGUCUGGCGCCAGCGACGGAAGUGAGAAUAUCCAGUCCUGGAACCUGGAGCGGCAUGCCAUCUACAUGGCAAACGUUGCCAAGCACUUCAAGGACAAGUGGAACGUGCAAUUCGAGUCUGUCGAUCCUUUCAAUGAACCUUCUGCCGAUUGGUGGAGGGCCGAUGGCACGCAAGAAGGUUGUCAUUUUGACAUCGCCACUAUGGCGACGGUCAUAGGCUACCUUCGCACCCACCUCGAUAGUCGCAAGCUGUCGACUAUAAUCGCGGCCUCGGACGAGUCUUACUACGACCAGGCAGUUAAUACUCUCCAAAACAUUGGAAGCACGGCGAUCAGCAAGAUCUCACGCGUCAACGUCCACGGCUACCAGGGCGGAAGCGGAAGGAGAGAUACGCUGUACAGCCUCGCAUCUGCCGCCAACAAAACACUCUGGAACUCCGAAUACGGAGACGGAGACGGAACGGGUAUGAAUCUUGUCCAGAAUCUCCUUUUGGAUUUCCGUUGGCUUCUCCCGACGGGCUGGGUGUAUUGGCAAGCGCUCGACGGCGGCGGUUGGGGUCUUAUAGACGCUAGUAAUGAUUCUGGUCAGAUCAGCGGAGUGAACCAGAAGUACUGGGUGCUUGCGCAGUUCACGCGGCAUAUUCGCCCUGGAAUGCGCAUUCUCGACGGCGGUAACGAUAACGUUGUCGCUGCGUAUAAUGCCAGCGCACAGAAGUUGGUUGUUGUCGCUGCCAACUACGACACUGCGCAAUAUAUCAACUUCGAUCUGUCCAGUUUCUCCCAGCGCCCCGCUAACGGUACUGCGAUUGCUCGCUGGAAUACCCAGAUCAAUGGCGGUGAUCGUUAUGUUCAGUAUUCCAAUACAACCGUUUCCGGAGCCAAGUUCUCGUCGUAUUUCAAUACGAAUACCGUGCAGACUUUUGAGGUUACGGGUGUGGUAUUGUGA